AUGGCCCAGCGACGGCGCUCCCUUUCUCUCGCCAACGCUUCUUCGUCUUCUUUCAUGAAGAAGAUGCGCUCUCCGCGCUCUCCCACCUCCUCGUCGGAGUUUGCCGCCGUGGCAGCUGCUACUGCUACUGCUGCUGCUGCUCCCGAGGAAGACCCCUCGUCAUCGUCCCUUUCUCUUUCCUCAUCGUCGGGCGGGCGGCCCACGCGGCCAUCCCUCUUCAAGAACUUCUCCCGCAAACUCCGCCGCAAGGACAGCGACGAGGCAGACCUGGGCGGCCUGCCCCCCGCUUCGUCCUCCUCAGUGCCAGCGUCGAGCGGCGGCGGCGGCAGUCCACCCGUCGCCGACCAUGCGGCAGGUGCAACCAACCCCAACAAGAAGAACCGCAGCUGGCGCACCCUGACCAAGCCCAAGGAGUCCUGA